UUUCUUUACCCCGCCCCGCCCUAGUUUUCAGUCUCUAACUUCCCAAAAGGUAUUUCCGGUUCCGGCUAGGAGCCGGAGAAGACAUGGCGGCGUCUGCGUCGACUGAUGCCGGGGAAGAGGACUGGGUCCUUCCCUCUGAAGUUGAAGUAUUAGAGUCUAUCUAUCUGGAUGAACUACAGGUGAUGAAAGGAAAUGGCAGAUCUUCACCAUGGGAGAUCUUUAUCACUCUGCACCCUGCCACCGCAGAGGUCCAGGAUUCGCAGUUCGUCUGCUUUACCCUGGUGCUUCGGGUCCCAGUGCAGUAUCCCCAUGAGGUGCCACAGAUCUCCAUCCGUAACCCCCGAGGGCUUUCAGACGAGCAGAUCCACAAGAUCUCACAGGCACUGGACCAUGUGGCCAAGGAGGGGCUAGGCACAGCCAUGCUUUAUGAACUCAUUGAGAAAGGGAAGGAAAUUCUCACAGACAACAACAUCCCCCAUGGUCAGUGUGUUAUCUGCCUCUAUGGUUUCCAGGAAAAGGAGGCCUUUACCAAAACACCCUGUUACCACUACUUCCACUGCCACUGCCUUGCCCGGUACAUCCAGCACAUGGAACAAGAGCUGAAGGCGCAAGGACAGGAACAGGAGCCACAGCAUGUUGUCACCAAACAGAAGGCAGUCGGUGUGCAGUGUCCUGUGUGCAGGGAGCCCCUUGUGUAUGAUCUUGCCUCGCUGAAAGCAGCCCCUGAACCCCAACAACCCAUGGAGCUGUACCAACCCAGUGCAGAGAGCUUGCGCCAACAGGAAGAGCUUAAGCGGCUGUAUCAGAGGCAGCAGGAGAAAGGUGGCAUCAUCGACCUUGAGGCAGAAAGGAACCGGUACUUCAUUAGCCUUCAACAGCCUCCUAUUGCUCUGGAACCUGAGUCAGUUGUAGAUGUCUCCAGAGGACCCCAACCACCUAAUGCCCUUUCUGCAGAGCAAUCUACUUCCCUAGCUGCCCAAUCAACUGUGCCAACUCCUCUACCCAUGGCUACCCAGUAUGUGUAUGAGAAGAUUCCAGGGGCUGGCCCAAAUCAACAGAGGCUGGGUGAGACCCAGAAAUCCAUGCUAGAUCCUCCACGAUCUGGUCGUGGUUCCUGGCGACAGUAUGAUCGGAGGCGUCAAAAAGGAGGGGAGUGCUGUGCCCCAAAAGGUACCAGUGACAUCCAGGAACUACCACCUCCUGAGAAGCCUCUCAAGGAGCCUAUGGACUUAAAGCCAGAGCCCCGUAACAAAGGGCUCACAGGUCUUCCUCAGAAGGGGCCUGGUAGCUGGCAGGGCCCCACAGCUCGAAGGACUCGGGACUGUGCUCGAUGGGAACGCUCCAAAGGCCGCACACCAGGUUCCUACUCCCACCUACCUCGGGGCCAAGGAGCAUACAGGUCUGGUACUCACAGGGGACCCAUGGGCUCGGAAUCUGAGGAAGGUUCCUAGCAGUACUGU